AUGAGUUUUGUGUCUGCUGUUUCUGCUGCCUCUUAUGUUGAAGCUGCUGCUGCUGCUGCCUCUGCUGCCUCUUAUGUUGAAGCUGCUGCUGCUGCUGCCUCUGCUGCCUCUUAUGUUGAAGCUGCUGCUGCUGCUGCCUCUGCUGCCUCUUAUGUUGAAGCUGCUGCUGCUGCUGCCUCUGCUGCCUCUGCUGCCUCUUAUGUUGAAGCUGCUGCUGCUGCUGCCUCUGCUGCCUCUUAUGUUGAAGCUGCUGCUGCUGCCUCUGCUGCCUCUUAUUACCGGUCAGUGACCAGUACUCCAUACUACCAGCACCGGUCAGUGACCAGUACUCUAUACUACCAGCACCGGUCAGUGACCAGUACUCCAUACUACCAGUACCGGUCAGUGACCAGUACUCCAUACUACCAGUACCGGUCAGUGACCAGUACUCUAUACUACCAGCACCGGUCAGUGACCAGUACUCCAUACUACCAGUACCGGUCAGUGACCAGUACUCCAUACUACCAGUACCGGUCAGUGACCAGUACUCUAUACUACCAGUACCGGUCAGUGACCAGUACUCCAUACUACCAGCACCGGUCAGUGACCAGUACUCCAUACUACCAGUACCGGUCAGUGACCAGUACUCCAUACUACCAGUACCGGUCAGUGACCAGUACUCUAUACUACCAGCACCGGUCAGUGACCAGUACUCCAUACUACCAGUACCGGUCAGUGACCAGUACUCCAUACUACCAGUACCGGUCAGUGACCAGUACUCCAUACUACCAGUACCGGUCAGUGACCAGUACUCCAUACUACCAGUACCGGUCAGUGACCAGUACUCCAUACUACCAGUACUGGUCAGUGACCAGUACUCCAUACUACCAGUACCGUACUCCAUACUACCAGUACCGGUCAGUGACCAGCACUCCAUACUACCAGUACCGGUCAGUGACCAGUACUCCAUACUACCAGUACCGGUCAGUGACCAGUACUCCAUACUACCAGUACCGGUCAGUGACCAGUACUCCAUACUACCAGUACCGGUCAGUGACCAGUACUCUUUACUACCAGUACCGGUCAGUGACCAGUACUCUAUACUACCAGUACCGGUCAGUGACCAGUACUCCAUACUACCAGUACCGGUCAGUGACCAGUACUCUAUACUACUCCAUCAAUGGAGAAAAAUUACGCAAUAUUACGUUAAUUCGAUUGCUCUGUGCAUCUGAGAUUGCUCUGUGCAUCUGA